CCUCCCACUUUGUGCCCCCAAAAGCUCCUAUAUCUAUCCCCUCCUUUCCCUCAAACGCUCCAUAGCCCCUUUCCUUUCCUUUCUUCUCCACAAACCCUAAUCAGGAAUUCUCCCUUCCAAAAUCGAAACUUUACAAUCAAAUGAUCAAAACCCAGAAAUCAAACUAACACAAUCGAAGAUCGAAACCUGAAAUCAAGAACGAGAUCAUUUCCAUCGAUAUGACGAGCUGCGGAUUGACGAUGCCAGGAACCGACGCCGCUCUCUUCGGCGCCUCGCCUUCCUCCACCGCCAGAUUGCCCGACCCUGUUCUCCGUGUUCGCCCUUCUCUGGGUCGCCCGUCAAUGGCGUCCUUCAGGACGAGGGCCACCGUGAACGAAACCGCCUCUGCCUCCUCCGGCUGCGCGUGCACGGCACCCGCCGGUGCGGAGAUGAGCUUCUACGACCUGCUUGGGAUACCGGAGUCGGUGAGCCUGAGAGAUAUUAAGUUGGCGUACAAGCAGCUGGCGAGGAAGUACCACCCGGACGUCUCGCCCCCGGAUCGGGUCGAGGAGUACACCCAGAGGUUCAUUCGGGUGCAGGAGGCCUACGAGACGCUGUCGGAUCCUCGACAGAGGGCGCUCUACGAUCGGGACAUGGCCAGAGGGCUUCACCUCGCCUUCUCCGCCAGGAGACGUUCCUCAUACCAUGACGAUGAGGAAAUUGGUGAAAGAGAAGACUGGAGAAACCAGUGGCAAUCUCAGGUCUCUGAGUUGAAGAGAAGAAGCGAGAGCAGGAGUGUAGGUGGAAGUGAUAACGGCGGAGGUGGGGGUGGUGGAGAUUGGUUUCGAUGUCGGAGAAGGUGAGAAGUGGGAA